AUGAAGCAAAAUGACUAUGGCAUGAGGCUAACAAGACAGCUGGACAGAUUCAGGGGACAGCGCUGGAAGACUUCGGAUAAAAGUGAUGACAGCUUUGACUUUGAAGUCCACGUCAUGUUUGACGAUGCCUUCAAGAAUGUUACAGACAGGGAGGCGGGCACCAAGAAGAGAGUGAUUAAUGAAUAUGUUGAGUCACUUAUCCGUGCUAUCGAUGAAACUUACAGUAGAAUAUUUCAGAAAAAUAUCUCGACAAACUCUUUGGGUGUUAAAGAUGAAAGUUGUGCUUCAGGAAGGAAAGUGAUUUCCACUCCCUAUGGAGGACGACUUUGCUACACUUUACCUUGUGGAAAUUAUCUACACAUCCACCUGAAAGACACACAGUUUGUCCCAAACCGGAAAAGAUGGUCACAGGUGAUGUGCAUGUACUAUCUGCUGGGCUGGAGACUGUACAGGAAGCACUUUGUCUGCCAACAGCUGCAUCCAGAGGAUGUAACUAAAAUCCAUGCAAGGCUGGAGGUGAGUAGGAUGUGAAUACUGGUGGAGAAACACAUGAGGCUGAACUCCACGUGGAGCAAAACUCAACUCUCUUCUACUUCACAGACUGAGAAAAAGAACACGUACAUUCUGACUCUGGAUGGAGACACAGAAUUCCAGCCGUCUGCCGUGACUCUGCUGAUCGACAGACUGAGGAGAUACCCUGGAGUUGGAGCAGCUUGUGGACGGAUACACCCAACGGGGUUUGGUCCGAUGGUGUGGUACCAGAAGUUUGAAUAUGCCGUCAGCCACUGGCUCCAGAAGACAGCUGAACAUGUGCUGGGCAGUGUGCUGUGCAGUCCAGGUUGCUUCAGCUUGUUCAGAGCCACAGCCCUAAUGGAUGAAAAUGUUGUGAAAAAGUUUGCGACAAAGCCCACGACAGCUGUGGAGCAUCUACAGUUUGAUCAAGGUGAAGACCGCUGGCUUUCCCUCUUGCUGCUGCAGCAAGGCUGGAGAAUCGAAUACUGUGCAGGAUCCGACUCCUAUACCAAUGCCCCUCGGGAUUUCAAGGAAUUCUUCAACCAACGGCGACGUUGGGAUCCAUCAAAAAUAGCAAAUGCCGUUGAGUUGUUGGGUAAUGGAUUUGAAGCUUCAAGGAAAAACCCAUCCAUUUCAAAACCAUUUCUCCUCUACCAGAUCUUAUACUUGAUGGCAACGUUUGUGGGGCCAUCUACCGUCUGUUUUCUGAUUGCAGCUGCUCUGUCGUUCUUCACUGGGUGGAAUUACAACUGGUGCCUGGUAGUUUCAACAAUCCCUCCAAUAAUUUAUCUCAUUAUCUGUUAUACGGCAACACCCGACACUCAGAUCACAGUGACAGCUGCCUUUACUGUCCUUUAUACCCUGGCGAUGAUUGGCGCAGUUUGUACCGCUUUUAGCGUAAUAAUCAGUGAAGGAACAAUCGUAUCACCAAUUGGUAUUUUCAUUACUGCCCUUGUACUCCUUUACUUCAUCACUGCACUGCUGCACCCAACUGAAAUGCCUGUAGUUCUGUAUGGACUGCUCUAUCUCCUUUGCAUUCCCACUGCCUCCAUGCUGCAACCAAUUUACUCCCUGGCAAACCUGCACGUCACAUCUUGGGGAACGAGAGAGACCAGGGCAAAGGAAGAAAAUGGAAGCGCACCCAAGGAUCGCCACCUGAAAUACAAAAUAGGUCGCUGGUACCUUGAAUGGGUAAUUCAUGGUCGGAAAGCUCAGCAUCCCACUAAAGAGACGCUUGAGAGGUAAAUAUCAUUUAUGAAAUACUGUGGCAUUUGAAGGCUGUCAAAAAAGUGUGACAAAACUGUUUGGGGCAUUGUGCUAAUUGAGGGUGAUUGCAUCCUGCUGCAUUAUCAUGGUGGGGAAUGUCAAUAAGCUUUUCCAUGGUCUUAUUGCAAGUGUUAAAGUUUAGUUUAGUUUAGAAAUACAGUGCAGAAACAGGCCCUUCGGCCCACCUAGUCCGCCCCGACCAGCGAUCCCCGCACUUUAAUACUGCCCUGCCCACACAUGGGACAAUUUUACAUUUAUACCAAGCCAAUUAACCUCCAAACCUGUACGUCUUUGGAGUGUGGGA